AUGGCGGCGAGCAGCCGCAGGUUUCCAUACACCGACUGUGCAGAAAGAUGGUUUGCCGACAUCGUUCCGGAAGGUUCUCCGUGUGUCUCUGUGUGGCUGGUUUAACACUGUUUAUAUUACUUCUGAUCACCAGAUUGUCUGAUCAUGAUCUGACCAUCCACCACAUUGUCGAGAUUGAUGGUGAACUACCACCCUUGGUUUUUUACCCUGACCACAUUGGACCAUUCUUUCUUUCCCCCGUGCUAUCCAGACCCAAUGGCGAAUACCGGGCGAAGGUUUUAUACAACAUAGAUGUUCAUGAAGAUGAGGAGGAAUUAAAACAAUUUAAAUAUUCAGUAAAGAAACGAAUCGUCUUUCUUGAUGCACCAUCUUGGAUAUCGGCAACGGAUAUUGAAAAAGGUCUCGGCGCAUGCGCAAAACAGGCUUGUGAAAUAUCAGAAGAUGUUCUCUCAGCAGAUGCUGUGGUAUUUGAUCUGUUGACCUUACGUGGUGUGAAACCUCCUAAUAAACCGAGCCACCAGUCGUGGGUGCUCUUAAGCCUCCAUCCACCAAGGCAGUAUGAUUUUUCCGAUGUUCUGACACUGUGGAACGACAAAUUCAAUUGGACAAUGUCCUAUCGCCUUGAUUCGGACAUCGUGAUACCAAGUAACGUUCUGUUUUAUAAUCCCACUAAAAAGAAAGAUUUCGGAGAUAUGUUCCAACGCAAAACGGGACAAGUAUUAUGGGUGACAAAUGACUGUAAUACUCCAUCGAUGAGAGAAAGGUACGUAGAGCAACUUCGUCGACACAUUACCGUCGAUGUUUACGCUGCAUGUAGUGAAUCAAAUGCAUCUCAUGCUGGAUUAACCAACUUCAUGACGUUACAACAAAAGUACAAAUUUUACCUGGCGUUCGAAAAAGAUUUAUGUGUUGAUUAUAUCACAGACGAACUUUUCCAGACUUUCCACACCGACAUUAUCCCGGUUGUGAGGGGAGGGGCACAAUACGGCACCCUGUUUCCUCACGGCACCUAUAUCAACACGGCCGACUACGCUGGACCUGCCGAUCUUGCUCGGUACCUACUCAGUCUCGAGACGAAUUUGACAGAGUAUGUACAUCUUCUUAAACGCAAAUCACUUUUUCAGUUGUCCAGCAAAUUGACUACAUUACAAUCGGGGUUUUGUGACUUGUGCAUAAAACUCCACAAUUUGCCCUACUUUGAAAAUAGAUACUCUAACAUACAUAAAUGGAUGACAGACCGAAUUUGUGAAAAUCCCUCAGAUUUGUAAAAGAUCUCAUAAUUGUGUAACACUCGUCAUUUAUAUGCGCCAUUGAAUAAUCAUUGAACAGUUCACCGUCUACAUUAAACGUUGAUGGUUACAGGACAGGUGUUCAGAAAUGGCAAAACUGCACAGCUAUUAACCUUGCUGAAUAAAUACAGCGAAAUGACACUACACAUGUAUUGGUAAACGAUCACAUGUAUUCGUAAAUGGUCAUACUGCACCGUUAUUGAUAAAUAAUCUUAACUGAUAAAUA